AUGUCAACUUUGCAGAAUACAUCUUCUUCCAUUAUUUUCCUGCUAACUGGUGUUCCUGGGCUGGAAGACUUCCACACCUGGAUCUCCAUCCCCUUCUGCCUUCUCUACAUAACUGCUCUCUCAGGAAACAGCAUGAUUCUCUUUGCCAUUGUCACUCAGCCCAGCCUCCACAAACCCAUGUAUUAUUUUCUCUCCAUGCUGUCCACCACUGACCUUGGCCUGUCCAUAUCCACCCUGAUCACCAUGUUGGGUGUAUUCUGGUUCAAUGCCAGGGAGAUCAGCUUUAACGCCUGCUCAUCACAGAUGUUUUUCAUUCAACUCUUCACUGUCAUGGAAUCCUCAGUGCUGUUGGCCAUGGCCUUCGAUCGUUUUGUGGCCAUCUCUAAUCCUCUUCGGUAUGCCUCCAUUUUAACUGACCUUAAAAUAGCACAGAUUGGAGUAGCAAUCAUCACCAGGGGGACGUUUGUACAAAUACCUAUGCAGGUGCUUCUUAAGCGCCUAUCAUUCUGCCACAGCCACGUGCUCCACCACUCCUACUGCUUCCACCCUGAUGUGAUGAAGCUGUCGUGCACAGACACCAGGGUCAAUAGUGCAAUUGGGUUGACUGCCCUGAUCACAACUGCUGGGGUGGACUUGAUCUUCAUUGUCCUUUCUUAUCUUUUGAUCAUUAAGACUGUCCUCAGCAUUGCAUCCCCAGAAGAGAGGAAGAAAGCCUUUGGCACAUGUGUCUCCCAUAUUGGGGCUGUUGCUGUAUUUUACAUUCCAUUGAUCAGUCUGUCCUUUGUCCACAGAUUUGGGAAGCGUGCUCCACCUUAUGUGCAUACUCUGAUUGCCAAUGCUUACCUGCUAAUCCCCCCUGUGAUGAACCCCAUCAUCUAUAGUGUGAAGACCAAACAGAUCCGCAGGGCUGUGGUGAAACUUCUCCACCCCAGUGCUACAAAGAACUAG